GUACAGCCUUCCACACAAGUUACUACAGUUACGAGGUUAGUGAUUUUACCGCAAUCGAUACGUGACGUUACGAAAAUGUCAUUUCGUGCAAUUGUUAUUUGCGUCUUUUGGUGUUUUGUGACAGUUCGUUCUUGUAGAUCUUCUGGAGAAUUGUCCAACAGGAUGAACGAAUUGGGUGUUAUUCCAGACGUAAUUGACAAAAAACCUACAAAUUAUCUAACGGUAACGUACGCAAAUAAUGUGAAAGUGAAUGAAGGAAACGAGUUAACACCGCCCCAAGCAAAAAGCGCGCCAGAACUCGAGUGGAAUACCGACCCGGAUAAACUUUACCUACUAGCUAUGGUGGAUCCGGACGCACCGAGUAGAAAUAAUCCAAAAUUUCGCGAAUGGCAACACUGGAUUGUCGGUAAUAUUCCCGGUUGCGAUGUAAAGAAAGGCGACGUCAUAUCGGAAUAUAUUGGACCGAAACCGCCGCAAGGCACCGGUUUACACCGAUACGUUCUGCUUGUGUACCAACAACCCCACGAAAUUACGUUUGAUGAGCCCAAAUUGAGUAACGCCGGCGGUACUGGACGAGGGAAAUUUUCCAUUAAGAAGUUUGCGGCAAAGUAUAAUCUUGGCGAACCGAUUGCCGGAAAUUUUUAUCAAGCUAAACAGAAUUAGAACUGUAUUUAGUAGAUUAAACAGUUUGGUACUGAUAGUUUAAUUGUGUAUGUUCAUUUCUGUUUGCAUUGUUUAUUGCACAAUAAAUACCUAUACAGUUUUACGAUAA